AUGGGUGUCUAUCAAUUACAGGUGGGUGUUAUCCACUAUGGCUGGGAGUGUAUCCAUUAUGGCUGGGAGUGCAUCCAGUAUGGCUGGGUGGGUAUCCAUUAUGGCUGGGUGUGUAUCCAUCAUGGUUGGGUGUGUAUCCAUUAUGGCUGGAUAUGUAUCAAUUAUGGCUGGAUAUGUAUCUAUCAUGGCUGGGUGUGUAUCCAUUAUGGCUGGAUAUGUAUCCAUUAUGGCUGGGUUAAGUCCACUCUGGGUUGGGUUAAGUCCACUCUGGUUUGGAUUAAGUCUAGUCUGGGCUGGAUUAAGUCCAGUCUGGGCUGGGUUAAGUCCACUAUGGGUUGGGUUAUGUAA